AUGGCUUAUGAGUACGCAGACUUGAAGCAGAUGUUGCAGCAGCAGCUGUUGCUAAUAGAGGCACUCACCGUUAAGCUGUCCGACUCGUCCAUGGGUCAAUCAAGCACGGCAGGUGGUUCGCAAUCUGUUGAUCACAUUUCCGGCAGCACCACUGAAUUCUUGUAUGACCCACAGGCCCAUAUCACCUUUGAUUCCGGGUACAAACGAUACGAGGACUUGUCCUCUGUCGAUCUGGCUGCCCAGGACGAUGCAUGGAAGGUUCGACUUCUACUUCGCAAACUGGGUCCGGCAGAACACGAGCGUUAUGCAAACUUCAUCCUCCCCAAGAAUCCCCGAGAAGUCACUUUCAAGGACACGGUUAAGACGUUGUCGCAGAUUUUUGGUGAGCAAUCAUCUCUCUUCAACACUCGAUUUCAGUGCUUGCAACUGUGCAAACGAUAUUCCGAUGAUUUCAUCACGUAUGGGGACAUUGUUAAUCGUGAGUGUGGGCGUUUCCAACUCGGUUCUCUCACUGAAGACCAGUUUAAAUGCCUUAUAUUUAUCUGCGGCCUCCAGUCCCCCAAGGAUGCUGAUAUCCGGACACGUCUCCUUUCCAAAGUGCAGCAGAACAACUCUACCACAUUCCAAGAGCUGGCAGCAGAGUGCCAAACACUGAUCAACCUCAAGCACGACUCUGCAAUGAUUCAGAACCCUGCCUCAUCUUUCUCAGUCCAUACGGUCACAUCGACCAAAUCGCAUCCUGUUACACGGCCCAAGCAAGUGUCCAAGUCGGGAUCUCCGCCGUCUCCUUGUCGGCACUGCGGCGCGUGGCAUUUCCACCGGGAUUGCACUUUCCGUCAGCAUCACUGUAAAAGCUGUAAUCAGGUGGGACACCGUGAUGGGUUCUGAAAAUCGAAACCAACCUCUGGAAGCAAGCAAACCCCCGCCACUACUAACUCCAGGCACCGUUUUCGGCCAAAACGCAAGCCCAAACCCCAGUCCGUUGGUAAUUCUCUCAGUCUCUUGGCCGCUUUCGAACUCAAUGCGUCUGGCCGUAGAAAGUUUGUUGACGUUUUGCUCAAUGGCCACGCAGUUCGAAUACAGUUGGGCACUGCCUUAGAUAUCACCAUCACCUCUGAGAGACUCUGGCAGGCCCUUGACAGCCCCUCGAUGCAGCAGACUUCCCAGUCCACCAUAAGCGCGUGUGGUCGUCUCGUACCGCUAAUUGGGCAACUGCAAUGCGGUGUGUCGUUCCGCGGUACCAGCAUCACUGUGAUCUAAACCUACUUGGUCUCGACUGGAUUGAACAACUUGGGUUGGCCGAUAUGCCGCUCCGCGUUGUUUGCAGUCAGGUGCAGAUUCACGCUGUGCUUGCUGACCAAGCCAAGGACAAUCUCCAACGGUUUGCUCCAGUGUUCCAAGACGGCCUGGGUCGUUGCACAUGCACUCAAGCCGUGCUACAUCUGUCUCCUGGAAGUCAACCAGUCUUCCGUCCAAAGCGACCAGUCCCAUAUGCAGCCCUACCACUUGUCGAGGCUGAAUUGAAGCGUCUAUAGGAACUGGGAGUUUUAGUUCCUGUAUCCUACUCCGCCUGGGCCGCCCCAAUCGCUGUGGUUAAGAAGCCCAAUGGCUCGGUCCGCAUUUAUGCUGACUUCUCCACCGGUCUCAAUGCCGCACUGACGCCGAACUGCUAUCCACUGCCGGUUCCGGCUGGUCUUUUGACCCUGCUAAAUGGUGGCGCUUGUUUUGCCAAGUUUGAUCUCGCUGAUGCGUACCUGCAGAUCGAGGUCGCCCUAGAGUCGCGCGAACUGUUGACCAUCAAUACCCACCUCGGUCUGUUCCAAUACACCAGGCUGCCCUUUGAUGUCAAGACCGCCCCGGCCUUAUUCCAACAAACGAGGAACGAAAUGCUCUCCGGCAUUCCUGGCACAGCUGGAUACCUGGACGACAUGAUCAUCGUGGGUCGCUCCCCUGCCGAGCUGCAAGACCGCGUGUGCGCAGUACUCGAACGCGUGCAGGAAUAUGGCUUCCGCCUAUGGGCUGACAAGUGA